AUGGUUGUUGAUGAGAAUACAUUGCUUCUCAAUACAAAGGAUGCACAAAAGAAGCCAAUUGAUGGAUAUACAAGAAGCGAUUCGAGGAAUUUGAAGGCAUCAAAUAAAUCAAAAACUUUGACUGGCAACUCGUUUACCCAGAAAUCCGGAAUCAACGAGGAUUCUGUGAUUCUAAAAAUAUACGAUCUAAGUGGGCAGUAUAAGAAGCAGCACCUCUGGAAGGAAUAUUUGGCAUCUCACGGAACUAAAAUCAACUGCAUAGUUUAUAUGGUGGAUGUUUCGGACACUUUGACUUUGGACGAUUCGAUUUCAAAGCUUAUUGAUAUAAUAAAUUACAACAAUGAGUCCCUGCACAUACCAUUGGUGAUAAUAUUCAAUAAGAUAGAUAUCGUGAAGGAUCUUGAGGGACUCAUAAGAGAACGGCAGCAGAAGCAGAAUCAACUGCAGCAACUGCUACAGCUACAGCUACCGCAAAGGAAUCAAGCAUCAUCAUCGAACUCUUCUUCUUCAUCACCAUCGUUCCACUCUCGAAAUGGGAGCGACAGCAUUUCUAGUCAAUUGGCACCAAAACUAUCUGAAGGAAGUAUACACCAUAACCGAGCACGAAUUCUAUUGGAAGGUACAGGGUGCCAUCGAUUACUGCUUGAUUAUAUAGGUAUUACAAGUGACAACGGAAGACUCUACUUGAACAGGCCAAAAACAACCCAUUUAAAUAUGGAUUUGGGAUUGUUUGUAUUGAGCUUAAAGGACGAUCGACCCGAUCUGAUGACAGACAGUCUUGAUGAUGUACUGAACUGGAUUAUCGGCGAUAUACGCCACUAA